AUGCCUCCCCGAAAGGCACAAACCGACGUUCCCGCCUCCAAGCUCAGAAAGCGACAUCAUGACUGUGACUUGAUCCCAGAUGAUUCAGACGGCGAUGGCUCCGACGUCACUCACAAGAAAGCCCGUCGCGACGAGGUUGGCGACGAGGAACAUCAGACCGGCGCCGGAAACCUGCCAGCAGCCUUGGAAGGCGAGGAUGUACAGGAGAACGAGCAGCAGCAAGAAGCGGCAGUCGGCCCUGUUGACGAUGUUGGUGACAGAGUCUCCAUGGUCCAGAGGCUUUGCACCGGCAUUGAUAGGCAGCUACACGCUCUCAACAAAAACCUGAGCAAUCCAGAGUCGACGCUCACAACCGCGUUGUUCAACGCGGCAACCACGGCUGUGAGGCAAUCUUUGGUGGAUUCACCGGUGAAGAAACUCGAACAGGAGAUUUUCCAGUGCAAGCAGCUCCUGGUGAGGAAGCAGCAGAAUUUCGACGAGCUCCAAAGAAGCAGCCAACAAGAGCGAUACUCCAAGAGAAUUGGCCAUGCGCUCUCCCGCGACGAGCCCCUAGACCCCAGCUCGACUUAG